CUAUUGUCCAACCUCCUUGGUAGAAAUAAAAAAAGACAAGCGGUAGAAAAAUUACAAGUGGCCAGUGAUCAAUGGAAAAGUUUUGCAAUGUGGGCAAAGGCAACAGGCUUCGAAAUAGUUUUCGCGCUGAACAAUGCGUUGAGAACGAGAUCGGGGACGUGGGACACGAAUUCGACUUUGGAUAUUUUAUCUGUGGCGGAAAAGGCGGGAAUCAGUGACAUUUUUUGGCAGCUGGGGUAUGAAUGCUCCAACCAGAGCAUAGACGACUACCUCAACGACUUGGAAACACUGCGGGUAGUGUUGGAAACCUUCCCAGCGCGCGGCUGGCGCGUGAGCGGCGCUGACGUCACGGGCUGCCUGCGCCCGGGCUCCAGAAGUGAUUUCAAGGAUUACGUCACUCUUGCGCUCGAUUCUUGUGAUGCUGUACUGCUUAAUGGAAACUCGUCAUCCCACGAACUAGAGCGCCUCUCCCCAUCCGACCGCUUGAGGCUUCUCAAGUUACUCCACGCUAGCAGCACUCCGCUCUGGCUCACAGAGAAGCCUCAGGGCUCGGCGGAGCUGCCUCGAGCCGCCGACUGGUUGGCCGGCCUCGGGUACUCAGCUAGGAACGGGUUCGCCGUACACUAUAGGGAGCUGAGCGAGGAGGAGCUGUAUAGACCUACCUUGCUGGAAGUGCUCGAACGCCUCUCUAUUUUCUCUACAUUAGACCGCUUGAGGCUCCUCAAGUUACUCCAUGCUAGCAGCACUCCGCUCUGGCUCACAGAGAAGCCGCAGGGCUCGGCGGAGCUGCAACGCGCCGCCGACUGGAUGGCCGGCCUCGGGUACUCAGCUAGGAACGGGUUCGCCGUACACUAUAGGGAGCUGAGCGAGGAGGAGCUGUAUAGACCGACUUUGCUCUCUACAUAUGACUGCAUGAGGCUCCUCAAGCUCCUCCACGCCAGCAGCACUCCGCUCUGGCUCACAGAGAAGCCUCAGGGCUCGGCGGAGCUACCGCGAGCCGCUGACUGGAUGGCCGGCCUCGGGUACUCAGCUAGGAACGGGUUCGCCGUACACUAUAGGGAGCUGAGCGAGGAGGAGCUCUAUAGACCUACUUUGUUACUCCAUGCUAGCAGUACUCAGCUCUGGCUCACAGAGAAGCCUCAGGGCUCGGCGGAGCUGCCGCGAGCCGCCGACUGGAUGGCCGGCCUCGGGUACUCGGCCAGGAACGGGUUCGCCGUACACUAUAGGGAGCUGAGCGAGGAGGAGCUGUAUAGACCUACCUUGAGCUUCUACAUGGCUCUCCUCUACAAAAACCUAGUCGGCGAGCGGGUUCUCUCAGUUGAACUGGAGUCAUCCCAGGCGCUUCUAUUCGCGCACUGCACUGCUCUGCGAAGGCAGCCGGUGCCGGGAGCAGUUACCCUGUAUGGAGUGAACAUGGAUGAAGAACCGGCCAGGCUGUCGUUGAAGCUGUCUCAACGGGAGGACGGCGGGGAUAUCCUGCAGUUUAUACUGAGCCAGGAUGAGGAAGGGAACAUCAUUGUGAACGGCCGAAUUAUGUCUCAAGAGGGCGACAUUCGUCCAGUGGUGAAGCGAGUGCGUCCAUAUAAGACUCUACUCAUCAACUUACCGGCAAAAUCUAUCGGCUUUUGGGUUUUAGCCAACACUAAGAUAGAGGCUUGUAGGGACUUCCAAGAUGGCGCAGGAAAACUGGUUGAAGCAGUUUCGGUUGAAGUAGAUGUCAAUAAAGAUGUAGAGAAAGAUACAGAUUCUAAAAACACUAGGAGAAAACGUUCACCAGAAGAUGAAAAUCUGGACGACAUUGAUGAAAUGAGAUCUGACAAUAAAGAAUGGAAUGACAGAGUCGAUGAUUUGAAUGACUAUUUGAAAGAAGUACACAACAUUUUCAAAAGCAAAUCUGUUUCAAAAACUAAGCGACAAGCUUAUGAAGACAACCAGACGACAACGAAAUUGAAGAGACAAUUGCUGAAAACAAGACAGCAAUUCAAACUGAAUGAUGAAGAACGGAGACCUGUUUUGAAUUUGAUUGAUAAUUUGCUAAAGAUCAGAAGAAAUGGAACUAAAUUCAUCAAUAAAAUUGGACAUGGUUUAAUGCUGCAUAGAAGCAGAAUUGGUAGCAAAAAUUAUAAAAACACGGAAAACGGAUUGGAACCGCAAAAACGUAAACUAUCAAGAUCUAGAAGAAGUGUAAGCGAUAAAUAUGAAGACGUUUACAGUCAAGAAGUAGUAAAAGAUAAUGAAAUUGAUAUCAAGGAUAAAGAAACCAGAAAAUUGUGGAAAGUGCUUCAUAGUAUCCAAAGUCAACUUAAGAAAAUGACGGAGGACAUCUCAGAAAAGUCUCAAGAUACAGGAAAAGAGGAUGAUUCCGAUCCAAAAGCAGAACAGGACAAGUUAGUAGUGAAAACAGAAAUAUCAGAAGAUAGUGCCAGCAUCAAAUUUAGUGAAAAACCUAACCAUGGUAUUCUGAAGGAAGCGUUCGGGAAAUUGUUUUCUGCUAUCACGGAGUUAAACACGAACUUGAACAGAUUCUGGGAAGCAUUCGACUUCUUCGAAUAGAUGGACAAGAUCUUCAAUAUUAAAGGUACUUUUAUUGUUUUAUUAUUUGAAAGAGUUUUGCUUACUAAAGUCCGGUCGCUGAGCACAUUCACUGCGGCCGCCCGUCGCACAGCCGCGACAGAAAUAUAAUUACGCGCGAGCGACAAGGAUGGGUAGCUUGGGGUCAUUGGACGAAAUUCUAUCUGCUUGGUAACCGACUUUAGGCAGUAACUUUUUGAAUAAUUCCUAAAUUAUCAGUAGUGGUAGUGUUGUAACUGCUAUAUCAAUCAUUGUCUUUGUUGAUGGUUCCAUUUUAAGGUAUAUUCUAUUUUUAGGAUAAGGGUAAAUUUAAAUAAGGUUUUUAUAAAUUUUUUUUAUAAAAUAAAACACAGCAA